UGUGUAUCUGGGGAGGUGGGGCGGUGUUGGACUGGAUUUAGAGAUUUGCUGGAUGUUGCAGGGGAGGGUUGGACUGACCGCUCCGCUCAUGUGACAGUCUGAUACCGUGCGGGAAGCACGUGCGCUUUGCGCGUUUCACUUGGUCCGGUGACGCGGCGACUUUGAUGAGCCGGUUCUGCUGGAAGGAACAGGUUUCGGACUAGUCCCAAUAUAGGAUUCUGAGGAUUUUACGCUGAUAAACAUGUUUCGCUACAGGCGUCUUUGAUCGUUUUCCAUCAUAUUAUUAUAAGAGAACCAUGAGCACUGUGGAGGAGGAGCCGGACCACAUGAUACCAUGAAGAGAAGCCUGCAGGCCCUGCCCCACCAGCUGCUGAGUGUUCUGCUGAUUCUGUCUGUGCCAGUUGGGUUGGUGUUCUCCGCAGAGGAGCUUCAACCCAUCCAAAACCCUCGCGAUUUUGUCUCGAUGUCAACAAGCAGCAGAACUCUCACCACCCUCUCAUCGGGACCCUCAAGCUGGCAGGAGGGUUCCAGGACUGGGGAUCUGCACAUCCAAUCACUGGCCUCUCUAGAACCAAUCAGUAGACCCACAACUGUCCACUCAUUCCAGACACCGAAGAACACUGUACCAUCUGCCAUAAUUCAAACAACAACAGUAGGGUUGCAUCCUUUUGGUUCCAGAGAUCAGGUAAUACCUAGAGUCCCUCUUUCAAAAUCAGAAGAAACCCAACUGACCUCUGGAAAUAUGGUCAGUAGAACAAGCUCUGGGUUUUUCACCACUAAAACCCAAGACCAGAACUUUAGCACUAAUACUGACAAGUCGAGUACAAUCAGUAGAAAGCCAGUGAGCCAAGCCACAUAUUCUGGCUCGGGUCAUUCUUUUCUCUCAGGGACUGGAAGUGAUGUGGCCCCUGGUGCCGAUGACCUUUCUGGAGAGAUGAAAGUGAAGGAGCCCAUUCAACAUUCAGCAUCACCUCCAUUGUCUUCAAACUUCAAAACCCACAAAGGGCAGAACACGGAUAAGGAGGCUUCGCGCCAUACCAUUAGAUUGCGCGAUGUGUCUUCAUUGGAGAAUCUUACUAUCCCAGGGACUCUAGCCCUGCCCUCUAACCAUGUUACAACAUCCAGCCCCACUUCUUCAGCGAAGAGCGGAACAAUUGUGGGAAUCCAAGGUGAUGGAACCACCAAUAUGACCACUGAUUCUGUUGUCUCUUUAAAUGAUGCCACAGAUGUUAUCAACAGCACUGAUGCCUCAUGGCCUGCAGCGAAUGAUUCGAACAUCUCAGAGGCACCCUCCACAGCUAACGGGAGCUUCAUGAACAGGCAGGUCCCAGCCACCACGCAAGGCCCAUGGGAGUCUGGGAACCAGUCAGGUCCUGCACGAACAAAUCCUUCUCACGAAAAAAACACCAUCUGCCUGGACAAGAUGGACAUUGUGUGGUUGGUUCUUGCCAUUAGCGUGCCUGUCUCCUCAUGCUCCGUGCUGUUUACCGUAUGCUGUAUGAGGAAAAAGAAGAAGUCUGCAACUCAGGAGAACAACUUGAGCUACUGGAAUGAUGCCAUCACCAUGGAUUACUUCACCCGCCACGCUGUGGAGCUCCCACGCGAGAUACAAUCACUGGAGACUGAGGAACAAGAGACUUUUCUGCCCCCUAAUGGUGACUACAGCGACAGCGGCGUGGUUCUGGUUAACCCCUUCUGCCAAGAGACUCUCUUUAUCAACAGAGACAAGGCUUCUGAUAUCUAAACACACUAUAUAAAAAGGAGACAAAAUCCUUGAGGAUUUUAUCUGCUCGCAUUUUUUAAGAAUAUAUAAAUAUAUCUAGCCUACAUAUAUGUGGUGGACCUUCAGAGACCGCGGUUUAUAUCUAAAAAACUGGUUUCAAGGAGCUGAAAGAAUAUUACAAAACAGAACAAAUGCUAUUUACUAUGAGGGGGAGCCCCUGCAUAUUUUUCUGAUGUGGAUUUUCUACAGACGCUUCAUUGUGAUAAGGGUUUUUAUGUCUUUUUUGAAUAAAAACAGUAAGUGUGGUUGCUCUUCUGUUACUGUGGCUUUGGCGGUGCAGAGCGCUGAGAAACAUGACGCGUGGUGUAAGGAUGGAUGCUUGUGUGACGUUACCCAAAACACUUAAUAUGAUUACUUAAAAAAGCCUGCCGCACUUGAAUUCUGUAUGUGAGGGGAUGCAGGGGUAAAGGGCAUUGAUUCUGGAACGCUUCUGGAAUGGGUCCAGUGGGUACUGCAGCAACCCUCACUUCCCUCAUGGAGGAAAUUGCCAGUUUGCAAUUGAUGGAGAAUGAAUCAUGACUUUCUGAGAUGGUUUGUCCCUAGUUGAGUCACCAGCCAAAAGACAAAACGACAAUUGUCCCAUUCCUUAGAUGUUCGAGAUGUUUUAUGUGUGCGUAUAUGUCUUGUUGCAUGCAUCUUUUCGGAUAUGAGGUGUAUGUGCGUCUUUAGACUGGAUGUCAAACAAGAUUUGGUUUUAUUAAAAUUUCGUUUUUACAAACACCCUAAAAGUCCAUUUGCGUUGACAAAGUUGCACAAGCAAGUAGAAAAAAAUGCUUAAAUGCCAAUGAAAUGCCUCAUGCAAAGUCCUUUGUAUGGUAAUGUUACUGUGCUCCACAUUUCACAUCAUAUCUGUUCAGGUCGUACGUGUUUGUGUUCAACUUCCAUAAGCAGGGCUAAGCAUUAUACUGUAUAACUGUAGUGGAAAUGCAUUCUGUUUAUUAUUAUUAUUAUUAAUAAACCUCUAUAUUUGUUUAUUCGCUAUGACAUGCUCUGAUGAAAAUGGCACUAUUAUUGCUUAACAGGUUGGCUAAAUCUAUAUAUAUUUUGUUAGAAGACAUGUUUUUCUUAGUGAAGGGUGAAUGAGUGUGCUUGUGGUUCUGUCUGUCUAUCUCUGUCCCUUGUGUGAACAUUGACGAGAAUAAAUGUGACCAAAAUUAAUUUCUCUUUGAUUCUCAGUGCUUACUGCUGUAUUGUACAGUUUUUUUAGAUGAAUGUCAAUGAUAUCACUGGAUGUAACAGAGUGUAACUGUUAGAUAUAAAUACGUACAGAGAACCUAUUUUAUUUUGUACUUUCUUUGAACACGUCACUGAGGUUGGUAACAUUUUUUAAGGCCAUAUCAUCAUCUUUUCUUUUAAAUAUCCCAUUUCUUUUUUUCUGUAUGCUUAGCAGAUUUUAUAUCAAUAUUGCUUUAAAUGAAUUUGUAGAUUGAUGUUGUCUCCCGUUUCUUCUUUUUUUUUCUUUUUUCCGUCCAUUUAUUUUGUGCUGGCAGGAGUUUUAGAUAUCUAUUGCUCAGCUGACAGAAAAAAAAUCAUCGUUCUUGCAUUUUAUGAAUCAUGCCUGAUCUUUUGUAGCACAUAAACUGUACUAUUUACUGCUGAGCAAUACAAAUAAAAAGGCUUUGAAGGCUU